UCACUCCGGAGAGAAGAAAAGCCACAUCAAAUGCAUUACUACAACUGAGAUGGAGUAAGACUGACCAAAACUGUCUUAUAAACAGCAACAACAACAAGCUUGAGAUGUUUCCCUUCAAGCAGAGUCCAAGAGUGGAACCUCUCACUAAGAAAAGCAGAGGAGCAGUUUCCUUUCCCUCUCCUCGUACAACUACCACCUCUGACCCUGCAGACAUGUUUGUCGCAGGAAAACUUAAAGAGUCUGCUGCCGACUUCGAUGAGCUGCUGCCAUCAGCCUCCAGAUCGGAGGCCAAAAGUCAUCUAGAGGGAUCUGGAGACUUUAAAAGCACAAAGGCUUUCCCUAUCCAGCCGAAAGCUGGCGCAGCAUUUAAAAGGCUCUUUAAAAGCAGGAAGGGUGGUCACCGACACCAGCAGAAGGUGACUGUCAUUGAACCACGUGAUGAACCUGAGCCCACAUCUGCUGACAAGAAAGGAAAACCUAAGGGAGGAUUACUAAAACGGAUCCAUAGCAAAGUGAAGCCCAGAAAGAAGACCUUCAAAUCAGCACAUAAGGACCGUCAGGAGGCAGAACCAGAGCUGGAUGUUGAGGCAGAGCAGACUCACCCGAACUCUGGCCACGCUUCCCUGGGUCCCGGCUCAGUGUGCCCCCGUAUUGUGGAUAAAGCUGACUAUAAUGCUGUGUCAUCUCUGGUCCUGAACACACCACCAAAAGAAGAGCAGAAGUCCUCUCUAGUACCUCCGUUUACUGGAGAGGGCUUCCUUCAGGAGACCGAGGCCGUCUCUGAGGCCGCACGCGACUGGAUUCCUGGUGCUGCUGCUGCUGAGAAGAAUCUUUCUCGAACACAAGACGCGACAGAAAACAGCACAAGCAUUGCCGUCAAGUCCCGUAUGAAGCAUUUCUAUGAGAUGAAACAAGAGGAAACCUUUGUGAAUGUGGGAGAUCAAGAGGAGAAGGGCUCGUCCCAAACGAAGGAUUCCCGCCAAGCAGGGAAUACAGCCAGGGAGGACGACCUGCCAGGUCACUCCGAGUCUCACGGGGGAUCGGUGGAGACUGUAGAAAGGAUCCCUGGUACUCCUGGACGCUACACGCUUCUUCAAUUCAGGAGAAAGAUUUUCUGCUCAGACAAGGAUCCAUCCUUCGCGGAGAACAAAGAGCAGGUUGAUGCUGAUCCUGCUGUUGGUGCAGAGAAAGCUUACAUUUCCGAGGACUCUGAUAGAGAAAGUGUGCUCCCAUCUAAAAGGAUCUCUGCUAACAGCGCAGUAACUGAUCAGCAAUCGGAGAACAAACAAGAUGAGCAUCAGGAGGGUCCUGAAAGGAUGUCUUCCAAGGUCUUGGGCUCCUCCACUGAGGACUCUAGUCCCUCCGAUCUGCUCCUUGAUGACAUGGAGUCAUCUCGCCAAGAAAACACUGAAGGUCCACCAGACCAGGCCAGGAGAUCUCCACCAGAACUGAGCUUUAAACAGUUCUCUGAUGAUUUCGAAAGGAGCAUUUACAUCCGUUGUCUGGAGAUUUACAUGGAUGCCUAUGAGCGUCAUUGUCAGGAGAUGAAGCCGAGGGAUUCCUCACAGUCAGCCGGCGAAGGUGUGACAGAACCUCCCACCUCUUCUGGAGAGUGUUGGACAAAGACGGCUCCUGAAAAACUGUCUUCUCAACCUGAAGCUCCUCCCAGAAAUGUCGGCUCCACUCGCGGUCGCUUCAAAAGGUUCAGGAAGUUGGUGCGGAAAAGACUUUCCCAGCUGUUCAAGAUACGCAUUGUUGUCACCAUCUACCUGUGAUGGUUCUGACAGAGCCAAACCAAGGAGCAUUUUCCUUUUAAAAAUAAAAUCUCCUAACCAGUAGUUUGGUGUGUUUUAUGCUUUUGUCUAAGGCAUUAAAGACAAUCGCAAUGAUAUUAAGUUGGUUUCUUGCAUUAUAUUAGAGGAAAAUGUCAGAUGAGUUCCCUACUGGGUGUGAUCUGCAAAGUCAUGUUCAAAAGCAAUUUAGACAUGCACAUGCGGUGAUACAUGGCUACAUUAACUUCUAGUUUAAUACUUAAUAUUGUCAAGGAUUUUUAUCUUAUGUUCCUAUUCAAAGUAAUCAAGACCAAAGUUCCCUAUCAUAUUUAGUCCAUUUUGAUUAAGCGGUUUGGAAAAUGGAUGGAUGGAUGAUGUAGUACAUAAAGAAUACAGUAUAUAGAUAGAUAGAUAGAUAGAUAGAUAGAUAGAUAGAUAGAUAGAU